AUGGCUCCAAUCUUCAUCUCACUGCAAGUACUUGUGGUCUUCACUUGCAUAUUUCAUGCAGCAACGGUGACGUGCACACGCCACCACAACAGUACCUUCAAAAUAUUGUCUUCCACAAACUUCUCCAAGCAUUGGAUUGGACCCAUCGGUCACCGCGUAAUCACCGUUGACAUUAACGGCGGUGGCCACUUCCGUUCCGUCCAAGACGCCGUCAAUGCCGUCCCAGACAACAACAGAAAGAACGUCCUCAUUCAAAUCAGCGCCGGAUGCUACGUAGAAAAGGUGGUAGUGCCCGUGACGAAGCCGUACAUAACAUUUCAGGGCGCGGGUAAGGAAGUGACAGUGAUAGAAUGGCAUGAUCGAGCGAGUGACCCUGGUCCCAACGGCCAACAACUGCGUACUUACAGAACCGCUUCUGUUACUGUUUUUGCCAGCUAUUUUUCUGCUAGGAAUAUCAGCUUCAAGAACACAGCUCCUGCACCAAUGCCGGGGAUGCAGGGAUGGCAGGCGGCGGCGUUUCGCAUAUCGGGGGACAAAGCAUACUUCUCCGGCUGUGGUUUCUACGGUGCACAAGACACACUUUGCGACGAUGCUGGCCGGCAUUACUUCAAGGAAUGCUACAUUGAAGGCUCCAUUGAUUUCAUUUUUGGGAAUGGCAGGUCCAUGUACAAGGAUUGCGAGUUGCACUCAAUAGCAACGAGGUUCGGUUCCAUAGCAGCCCACGAUAGGAAAUACCCAGACGAGAAGACAGGCUUUGCUUUCGUACGAUGCAGGGUAACGGGUACAGGCCCGCUCUAUGUGGGGCGAGCAAUGGGCCAAUACUCAAGAAUUGUCUACUCUUACACUUAUUUCGAUGACAUUGUUGCACAUGGCGGUUGGGAUGAUUGGGACCAUGCAGACAACAAAACCAAGACUGUGUUCUUCGGAGUGUACAAGUGUUGGGGACCAGGAGCAGAAGCCGUACGUGGGGUCUCAUGGGCAAGAGAUUUAGAUUUCGAAUCCGCACAUCCAUUUCUCGUGAAGAGCUUCGUCAAUGGCAGGCACUGGAUCGCUCCAACUGAUGCUUAG